AUGGUUCCCGUCGGCAAACUCCUGGCCAGCGUGCCCUUUCACAAGAACUUCCGCCGCAACUUCCUCUUUACCCUCUUCGCCCUCGCCUUUGUCGCGCUCCUGCAAAUUCACUACAACGGCAGCCCGCUGCGCCUGCGGCCGGCCAAGCCGAAGCCGUACCACAUCGCGACCAUCGAGGAUGACGACGAGCCGCGCACCAUGGUCACCUCCAGCACUUUUCACCCCGUCGCCUUCCCCACCAGCGAAGGAAAGAAGAACAAAUCGCUCGAGGAGCUGUGCGCCAGCUUCCCCCGCCACCUGCUCGCCACGAUUCAACCGGUCCUCAAGACAGGCUUCACCGACGAUCCGGAGCGCAUGCAGUCCCAGAUGGAGAGCUGUAGCGCCUGCUUCCAACCUAGCGAUUUGCUCAUCUUUUCCGACCUCGACGACACGUACGAGGGCCACGAGGUGAUAGACGUCCUCGCGGCCCUGCCAAAGUCCUACCACGACUAUGAGCAGUUCAAGCCGUACUUUGAGCAGAAGCGUCUGCGCGAUAGCGGAGCGGCUUCUAGGAAUCCGGCCGCGCUCAAGGCUAUUGAUGGCUGGAAGCUGGAUAAGUUCAAGUUUCUUCCGCAAGUGGAAAUGGCGUGGCAGAUGAGGCCCAACCGGGACUUUUAUGUGUUUUAUGAGACAGAUACAUAUGUCUUUUGGGAUCCCCUACUUCGCUUCCUCAACACCCUCGAUCCGGACACGCCGUUAUACAUGGGAUCCGCAUCCCCAGGCCGACAGGAUGAAUUCGGACGAGACACGCUGUUUGCCAACGGCGGCCCAGGCUAUGUGCUCAGCCGCGCGACCGUGAAACGGUUGCUGCAUCGAAGAGCCAGCCCGACAGGAUUCUACCUCGACCCACCAUUCGCCGAGAAGCACCACGGCCUCAUGCACGACCUCGAGUGCUGUGGCGACAGCGCCCUGGGGUUUGCCAUCUGGCAGAGCGGCAUCCAGAUGUCGGCGCUGUAUCCCAUGUUUGCGCAGCACGCGCUGCAGAAUUUGCCCUAUGACGCGAUGCGCUGGUGCUCGCCGCUCUUGACCAUGCACAAGCCGAACUUCGACGACAUGCGCGCCGUAUUUCAAUGGGAAUUCACGACUCGCUCUAAUGAUUACGCAAUGCGCCACCGCGACCUGUGGGGCUUCCAAAAGCCCGGCAAGGAGAGCCGGCGCGACAAUUGGCGCAACGACGGCCGCGGUUCGCGCAGGGUGGAGGGCGAGGAUGUGGCCAUUGCCACGCAGGAGGAGUGCGAGGCGCACUGCCAGUCGCUCCCGGAGUGCCUCAUGUGGACGUGGCGCGGACACGAUCGCGCGGACUGCCUCGUGAGCGAGGGGAUUGUGCGCGUUGGAGAAGCGGCCGCGCCUGAGACGACGGCCGACGGACAGGCCAACUACACGGCGGGCUGGUUGACGGAGAGGGUGGACGAGUGGAGGAGCACGCACGAGUGCAACGACACGCUCUGGCUGUCGCACAGCUUUGGCCGCAUGUUUUGA